AUGAAAUUUGGCUCAUGGACGAAUGACCAGAGCCGCAUCGAUCUGAUCAUGAUCGGUAAUCAGUCGAACCAGGCGAGCUACUGGGAGAGCGGCGAGUGGGAGAUUCUCGAUUCCUACGGUUUCCGCCACGAGCGCAAGUACAACUGCUGCGAGAACAUAUUCAUCGACAUCGUGUACUCUUUCCACAUUCGUCGCUUGCCGCUCUUCUACACCAUCAACCUCAUCAUUCCCUGUCUCCUCAUUUCCUUCCUAACAGUUCUCGUAUUCUACUUACCCUCCGACUCGGGUGAAAAAAUCACACUCUGCAUUUCUGUUCUUCUUACUCUUACAGUGUUUCUACUGGUCAUCACUGAAAUCAUCCCCUCGACCUCGCUCGUCGUGCCGCUGAUAGGAGAGUAUUUACUUUUCACGAUGAUUUUCGUCACUCUUUCCGUCAUGAUUUCCGUAUUUGUCCUCAAUAUCCACUAUCGAAAUCCAGCCAUGCACAGGUAG